CACCUUUAUUACAAUGCUGGCAGACCACUCAGUUCUCUGGUAUUAAGCUCAAAGAUGUUUCGGAUCGAGUAUUUUUUUCCUGUUCGUGGAGCAUGCAGCGAAAAAUGAAGGAAGUUCAUAAGGAUGCACUUAUGAUUAAAGAGUACCAGAUCGAAGACGAGGCCUCAAAUCUUGACGAGAUGCCACUGAUGAUGUCUGAGGAGGCUUUUGAGAAUGAUGAGAGCGAUUACCACACGCUUCCCAGAGCCAGGCUCAGACAGAGGCAGCAUGGCUUGGGCUGGUUCCUCUGUGGAGGCUGGAAGGUGUUGUGUGGAAGCUGCUGCGAGUAUCUGGCUCACGUGUGCCGGAGGAAGAAGGAGCUGAAGGCUCGAACCGUCUGGCUAGGCCACCCUGAAAAAUGUGAGGAGAAGUACCCCAAAAACGCCAUCAAAAACCAGAAAUACAACAUCCUCACCUUCGUGCCGGGGGUUCUAUACCAGCAGUUCAAGUUUUUCCUCAACUUAUAUUUCUUGGUGGUGGCUUGCUCCCAGUUUGUACCGUCCCUGAAAAUCGGCUAUCUCUACACCUACUGGGCGCCGCUGGCUUUUGUGUUGGCCGUCACCAUGGUGAGAGAGGCCGUGGACGAGGUCCGCCGCUACAGGAGGGACAAAGAGAUGAAUUCUCAGAUGUACAGCAAGCUCACAGUCCGAGGGAAAGUUCAAGUGAAGAGCUCAGACAUACAAGUUGGAGACCUCAUCAUCAUUGAAAAGAAUCAGAGAGUUCCAGCUGAUUUGAUCUUUCUAAGAACUACAGAAAAGUCCGGAGCGUGCUUUAUCAGAACGGAUCAGCUCGAUGGAGAAACAGACUGGAAACUGAAGGUCGCCGUUGCCUGCACUCAACGACUACCUGCGCUGGGGGAUUUGUUCUCCAUCAGUGCAUAUGUAUACGCUCAGAAGCCUCAGCUGGACAUACACAGUUUUGAAGGGAAUUUUACUAGGGAGGACUGUGACCCUCCUAUCCAUGAAAGCCUGAGCAUUGAGAACACCCUUUGGGCCAGCACCGUGGUCGCAUCAGGUACUGUAAUUGGUGUUGUCAUUUACACUGGAAAGGAGAUGAGGAGUGUAUUGAACACAUCUCAGUCAAAGAACAAGGUGGGCCUGUUGGACCUGGAGUUAAAUCGUCUGACUAAAGCCCUGUUCCUGGCCCAGCUGGUGCUAUCGAUCGUCAUGGUGGCUCUGCAGGGUUUCAUCGGGCCCUGGUUCCGCAACCUGUUCCGCUUCGUGGUGCUCUUCUCUUACAUCAUCCCCAUCAGUCUGAGAGUGAAUCUAGACAUGGGGAAGUCAGCAUACGGCUGGAUCAUAAUGAAGGACGAGAAUAUCCCUGGCACUGUGGUGAGAACCAGCACCAUCCCCGAAGAGCUCGGCCGCCUCGUCUACCUGCUCACUGACAAGACAGGCACCCUCACUCAGAAUGAAAUGGUGUUUAAAAGACUCCAUCUGGGCACCGUGUCAUAUGGGAUGGACACCAUGGACGAGAUCCAGAGCCAUAUUAUACAGUCAUAUGCUCAGGUGAGCUCGGCUGUGUCUAAUGGCAACAGUGCCAGCUCUACGCCGUCCCAUAAGGCACCACCAUCCGCGCCCAAGGUGCGCAAGAGCGUGAGCAGUCGCAUUAACGAGGCUGUGAAGGCCAUCGCCUUGUGCCACAAUGUCACACCUGUCUACGAAUCCCGGGCUAACGGUGCCAGCGCUGAGCCCGAGGGCACGGAGGCUGACCAGGACUUCAGCGAUGCCAACCGAACAUAUCAGGCCUCCAGCCCAGAUGAGGUGGCCCUGGUGCGAUGGACAGAGAGUGUAGGCCUGACCCUGGUGAACAGAGACCUGAGCUCAUUACAGCUGAAGACUCCAGCAGGCCAGAUCCUGACGUUCUGCAUCCUGCAAGUCUUCCCCUUCACCUCUGAGAGCAAGCGCAUGGGCAUCAUCGUCCAGGAGGAGGCAACUGGGGAUAUCACGUUCUACAUGAAGGGGGCAGAUGUUGCCAUGGCCAGUAUUGUGCAGUACAACGACUGGCUUGAGGAGGAGUGUGGAAACAUGGCCAGAGAGGGACUUCGGACAUUGGUGGUUGCUAAGAAGUCUCUGUCCGAGGAGCAGUACCAGGACUUUGAGAGUCGCUAUAACCAUGCGAAGCUGAGCCUGCAUGACCGUGCUCUGAAGGUUGCUGCGGUGGUUGAAAGUUUGGAGAGGGAGAUGGAGCUGCUGUGUGUGACCGGAGUAGAGGAUCAGCUGCAGGCCGACGUCAGACCUACGCUGGAGCUUCUGCGUAACGCUGGCAUCAAGAUCUGGAUGUUGACCGGAGACAAGCUAGAGACUGCUACAUGCAUAGCCAAAAGUUCUCAUCUGGUGUCCAGAAAUCAAGAUAUACAUGUCUUCAGGCCGGUGUCGAACCGAGGCGAGGCCCACCUGGAGCUGAACGCUUUCAGGAGGAAACACGACUGCGCUCUGGUGAUCUCGGGAGACUCUCUGGAGGUGUGUCUGCGUUAUUAUGAGCAUGAGUUUGUGGAGCUGGCGUGUCAGUGUCCGGCUGUGGUGUGCUGCCGCUGUUCUCCCACACAGAAGGCCCAGAUUGUCAGACUGCUGCAACAGCACACAGCCAACAGAACCUGUGCUAUUGGUGAUGGAGGAAACGAUGUCAGUAUGAUCCAGGCUGCAGACUGUGGUAUCGGCAUUGAAGGAAAGGAAGGUAAGCAGGCAUCUCUGGCUGCAGAUUUCUCCAUAACACAGUUUAAACACAUCGGAAGGCUGCUGGUGGUGCAUGGACGCAACAGCUACAAACGCUCCGCAGCCCUCGGCCAGUUCGUCAUGCACCGUGGCAUGAUCAUCUCAACCAUGCAGGCCGUGUUUUCCUCUAUUUUCUACUUUGCGUCUGUUCCUCUGUACCAGGGCUUCCUCAUGGUCGGCUAUGCUACAAUCUACACCAUGUUCCCAGUGUUCUCUCUGGUGCUGGAUCAGGAUGUAAAGCCAGAGAUGGCAUUGCUUUACCCUGAGCUUUAUAAAGACCUUACCAAGGGACGCUCCUUGUCAUUUAAAACCUUUCUUAUUUGGGUCUUGAUAAGUGUGUAUCAAGGGGGCAUCCUGAUGUAUGGCGCCCUUGUGCUGUUCGAUCAGGAGUUUGUACAUGUCGUGGCUAUCUCAUUCACGGCUCUGAUUCUUACCGAGCUUCUGAUGGUGGCUCUGACUGUACGGACCUGGCACUGGCUCAUGGUGGUGGCUGAGUUCUUCAGCCUCGGCUGCUACCUCGCCUCACUCGCCUUUCUGAAUGAGUACUUUGGCAUAGGUAGAGUGUCCUUAGGAUCCUUCCUGGAUCUGUCAUUCAUCACGACGGAGACAUUCUUAUGGAAAGUGUGUGUGAUCACGCUGGUCAGCUGCCUGCCUCUGUACAUCAUCAAGUACCUGAAGCGCAAGUUUUCGCCGCCCAGUUACUCCAAGCUGUCCUCCUGAGCUGACCGACUCUCGCACAGGCACAGCGUCAAAGCACACACGUAUAUAGCAGCUUAAUAGACACUAUAGCAGGCAUAGUGACUGUAGCUGUCCAGGUUUUGGAGAUCUCUUAGAGCUUUAUGAAGCUGGUUUAAGUGUCUGAUUAAUGCCGUAUGCCUCAUGCUGUGGAGUAUUACUCUAUCCAGCUUUUCAUUUAUCGCUGGGUUAUUAAUGGACAGCGUGUGCACUCGGCACAACAGAAGACGUGCUGGGAAUACUUGAAAGAAAAAAAAAAAAGAAGCACAAAAUGAGACCAAGAACGAACUCCACUGAUAGAAUUGGUAAGAUUAUUCCUAGAAGAAAAGAUGGACCUUUUGUUAGGCGCUUCCUUUAUUUCAGUGCACUUCAAUCUAACCUGUGAUUGUUUACUUUCCGGGGCUGUUCGGAGGUUUUUUAUAUAUAUAGUGUUUUAUUAAUGUGUAAUGAUGUGCUUUAUUACAGCAGGCUGGAUUGUCCGAAUGAACUAAGAGGUUGUUUAUGAAUGGGAAAACAGCAAUGCUAUUACUAUCUGUGAGGAUUUUCUUCAUCUUUGAUUGUCCUUUUAUUAAGAUUUCUAUGCCUGCGGAAAAUUCAGAAAGUUGUCUUAUUUAUUAUAGAUCGAUGGGCCGGUUUAGACGUUAGGGUUUCUCUGUUCUCCCUGCCUGUGUGUUACACAAAUGACUAUCAGCAUCUUCGAAUGGCUGGAUCUCGGAUCUUUUUUUUUCUACAAAGGGACUCGUUCAUCUGUAAACAAGAGUUUCAGGAAAAUUUAGAACGAUACAAGACUAUCACCAUGUGUGAAAUAUUCACACUGACACUCGAGUAAGAAGUAUUUAUUUCAAUCCUCAGCCUCACCAGUGCAACUCAACACAGAACGGUUACCUUAGUUAACCUUAGUGAUGAGAGUUGGUUCGUUUAUGGAUGCGCACCUUUACCUCCAGUCAUUCCUUCGUAUCAUAUAUAUGUGUGGCGGCCUGGGAAAACCCUUCACAUGCUCAUAUUUGGCAUGUAGUUCAUCCACAUCAGUCUGUUUCAUCACGUCACACCCCAUUGUCUUAAAAAUCAUCUUUUACUCAGCUGACCUCUCUUUAUACUAACAGUGAAGAAAUGCUCGCUAAUUUUUGUUAUAGUUCGUACGAGUGUGUAAGUGCUCUUCUCUCUUUCAGUGUAAUCACUACAGAACCAUUUCGACAACCAGCAAUCUCGAAUUAGGUUGAUGUCGAUAUCGAUAUAGCACAUAGCUAUCAUAACUACUUGAUCAAAUAAUAAGAAAAGCACAUUAGCAAGGUUUGUUGAGUUGACUCCUUGCACACAGACACCUAAGGAUUGUUAACACUGGAUAUAGUAAAAAAAAGUAUGUUUUUCUAAAGCAGCUGUGCCAAGUAUAGGCAGAAUCAUACAUCACUGGCCCAAAACUUUGGUCAAAACCCAGUUCUUCUUCUUCUGUUUAUUCCAAAAUUAGGCCACAGAAACAUUUUCCCAACCCGUCACUCAUACAGUCUCCAUCGAGGUAAACUCUAGUCUGUUUCAUUGGCAGCACAAUCAGAAUAAACAUGAGGUGUGCUCAUCUAACAAACACUGGACUCAACAUUUCUCUAUUAUACUGUACUGAUUGAAUAUUGAAAAUGAACAUGAUGCCCAGUUUUCAACCAGCGUGUUUAAGGAAUGAGUUUUAUCAUUCUAUUUUGUGUUACAAAAGAGAGACAAAGUAUUGUAACUGCUUUAUACGUUCCAAAUGAAGAAAAAAAAAAAAAAAAAACCCACACACUUGGUUUAGUGAUGGAUUUGGUAUGUAUUUGAGCCAUGCUCUGUUCUGAUCAUCACUGUCUUCAAUAUGAUGACCGAAGUAUUGCUGGUUUUUUUUUUUUUUUUUUUUUUUUUUUUUU